UAUAUCAUUAAACGAAUAAUAAAUAGUAAAUACUAAAAUGAAAACAACAAUAUUUAAUAUUUGUACUCUCAAUUUUUAAUCUGUAUUCUGUAUAAUACAAUAACACUAUCAUAAUAUACUUAAUUUCUCAAGUAAUAAAUGAGCUCUAUUAAUAUACAAAAUAAAAAUUAUAUUUUAUUAUGUUCAAAAAAUAGGUAGAGGAAGUAAUCUUUUUUCCAAAUCAACGUAGUUUAUAUGCUAUGAAAAUGUAUAUUCUUUUUCAAGAAUAUCUAGUUCAUUAUUAUUUUUCUGUAAUUUGAAUUUGAAAAACUGUUGUAUUACUGAGUCAUCAAUUCUUAUUUAUGUGUAAUUAUUAACUUCUGGUGGAUCAAUUUAGCUGGAAAUAAAAUUCAGUUGCAUAUAUCUAAGUAAACAUGGAUCCUGCUUUGUUGAGAGAAAGAGAAUUAUUCAAACUUAAAGCUUCAGCUAUUCCUGUAGUUGAAAAAAGGUUAAGAGAAGACAAUAGCAACAAAGAUGAGUUUAAAAGGAAAUCAAAACCAUUACCAUCUAUGCCAAGGCCACCUUCGCCCCCAAAUACUUCUAGUUCAUUGAAUAGCUACAAGUCGUAUGGGCAAAGUUCUCAGUAUAAAUUUGGUGUUCUCACUAAAAUAGUUAAGUAUAUUAGAGCUCGACAUCAGGAUGGAGAUGAUCAUCCGUUAACAUUAGAUGAAUUGUUGGAUGAAACUAAUCAAUUAGAUGUGGGAGCUAAAGUUAAAACGUGGUUAGAAACUGAAGCACUACCAGGAAAUCCAAAAAUUGAACGUACACCAGAUGGAAAAUAUAUGUUCAAGCCUCCUUAUAAACUUAAAGACAGAAAAGCUCUGUUGAAGUUAUUAAAACAACAAGAUUUGAAAGGUUUAGGAGGAAUUAUGAUGGACGAUAUUCAAGAAUCAUUACCUAACUGUGAAAAAGCUCUUAAGCAUUUACAAAAUGAAAUAUUAUAUGUUUGUCGGCCCGGGGAUAAAAAAAAAGUCAUGUUUUACAACGAUAAAUCUGCAACUAUUGAUAUUAAUGAAGAUUUUAAAAAAAUGUGGAGGAGUAUUGCAGUGGAAAAUAUGGAUGAUGAAAAGAUAGAGGAACAUUUGGAGAAACAGGGUAUAAGUUCGAUGCAAGAUAAUGGUAUCAAAAAAGUAAAUCAUGUAAAACGGAAAAAACCAGUGACAAAGAAAAGAUUCUCUAAGAGACCAAGGGAUAAUGAACAUUUAAAAAAUGUGUUGGAAGAUUAUGAUACAUUGUAAUCCUUUAUUUAAGUAUGAUUAUUAUUUUUUUUGUUGUACAUUAAUAAAAAAAAAUUGUAUAUUAA